AUGGGUGCCACUGAAAGUCGUGAGGACGAUCGCUUGUGCGGUUCUUGCAGCGACGAAACUGGUUUUUUCGCCGAGACAGCGUGUGUGAAGAGGAAUCAUCCUCAAGAACGAGAUAAGAGGGAGACUGUGAUGACACCAACGGAGCGUUCACGAACAGACACUGUUGAACAUCCGUCUCCUCGCCGGCACUAUGUGGCUCAGCCCACGCAGGACUCGUGGAGAUUUAAUGCUUCGGCUGAUGAGGCUGUCGGGGUGGGAGCAUACUUUGGGCGGCUCGAGGGACAGAAUGACAGCGUGGCGAGGGUCAAGAGCCUGGUUCCUGGAGGCCCGGCUGAGCAAACAGGGAUAAUUGAGAUAGGCGACGCGCUCUGUGCUGUGGACGACAAGGACGUAUACGGCCAGCCACUUUGCGAGCUCGGAAAGCAUGUGCUUGGUCCUUCUGGAACAGUAGUUAAACUGUCCUUCGAGAAGAGGCGGACAGGCGAGCGAUACGUGACGCAUCUUGUGCGCGGCAAGGGCGUCUUAACCGUCAUGUAA